AUGAAAAAAAAAAGAUUUUUUUUAAUUAACGGAAGUGAAAAUUUUGGUCACCAUGGUAAAUAUCAAAGGGACUAUAGUUUAGUUGGAUAUAACGACCGGCUACGAACCGAUUUAGAAAAUAAUGAGGUGUUUGAUUUAAAUGAAUCUGCUAAUGUGGCUGUUGAUAAAGGAAAUUCAAAUGAUUCAUUUAAACAAGCACAAUCAACAACUAUCACCUCUAAUACAAUACAAAAAUCAACGCCAACCACAACCACAACAACAACAACAACAACAACAACAACAACAACAACAACAACAACAACAACAACAACAACAACAACAACAACAACAACAACAACAACAACAACAACAACAACAACAACAACACCAACACCAACAACAACAACAACAACACCAACAACACCAACACCAACAACACCAACACCAACAACAACAACCUCAGCAACCACUACAACAACGCCAGUUAAAAAUAUCACACCACAAAAAAACAAUUUAAUAAAUCCAGAUGAUAUAGUGAAUGCAAAAAGAAUAAAACUAAACCAUGAAUCGUUUAUAACAGAUAGAAAAGACGUAACUGAUGCAACCAAAAUAGUAUUUCAAUCGCACCACUACCACCAAUCUCAAAAUACUUUAAACGAAUCAUUUGAAUUUCCUUUACCAACAGCCGGAUUAGCUUCUUUUUUGUCCCCAUCAUCAUCACUAUUAACACCAUUAACGCCACCAAUAUCACAAUCAACACCAUCAACACCAUCAACACCAUCAAUACCAACACCAUCAAUACCAACAUCAUCAAAACCAUUAAUACCAUCAAUACCAUUAAUACCAACACCAUUAACGCCACCAAUAUCACCAUCAACACCAUCAAUACCAACACCAUCAAUACCAACGCUACCACUAUCAACUCCACCACUAUCAAAACCACCAUCAAAACCACCAUCAAAACCACUAUCAAAACCAGCAUCAAAACCACUACCAACACCACCACCACCACCACCUAAACCAAAACCAUACACUCCAACUAAUAAUAAUAAUAAUAAUAAUAAUAAUAAUAAUAAUAAUAAUAAUAAUAAUAAUAAUAAUAAUAAUAAUAAUAAUAAUAAUAAUAUUUUUUUUCUUUUAUUCUAUUAG